UUCCUUUUGUGGGAUUUUUGUAGAGCGAUGGGAGAAAGAGAGAGAGAGGAAGGAGGGAGAGGGGGAAAACAAGACAAUUAAAAAGAUUGACAGGUAGGCUCCUCUGUCAGGGGUGACGCUCGUAGAGAGGGAGGAGUAAAAAUGUAGCAGGAAAAGCCACUCGAUGCGUCUGUCUAUCAGUUGAGGCUGUCUGAAACAGCUCCUGGAUCCCACCGCCGUUUCCAUUUUCCUUUUUUUAGCGAAGACCUCUCGGAUACUCAGAGUCACACGUUUAUUCUUUAAAUCUGCGACAUAUAUUCUUGUGGAGAUUUUUGAAACAUAUAAAUAUUUGAGUCCGUGUCGUGGUUGUUGGCAAAGCUUGGAUGCGCCUGCGUCUUGUUUGUUCCCCCUUCGCUCUCCCUCUCUCCAAGUGAUCCCCACCGCAUCAAGCAGCCACCCCUUCUCCAAAAAACUGUCCGAGAUACAAUGAGAUGAGCGACUCGUAAAACGAUUGUGGCAAAGGAAAAGAAAGAAACACGAGGAUAAGUUACUUGUCACAAGUGUGCGCUGCACUCACUCGGGACUUAUUCUUUACAGAGUUCAUUUAUUUUGAGUUUGUGUAAAAAGCAAACAAACUCAUUACAUACCGAGGAUUUUGAGUGCUUUUACCCCUUUUAAGUCUGCCAUGAUGCACAACGAGGAAGACGAUCUUUGAUGGACAUGAAGGUGUCAUAAGAAGCAGCUUCGACCCAAAUCUCGCGCUCUCUGAAAACUCCACAAAGACUAAGCAAAACGAAGAAAAAGACAUUCGAUCCAUUCACUUCAAAGAACGGGAUGUUUUUUCUAAACUGAGAGACUUUCAUUGUGUCUUUUUUCCUGCAUGAGAAGCAUCGUGGAAAGUGACGGUCACUAUGCCGAGGAGAAAGCAGCAAGAGCCGCGGCGCUCAGCAGCGUACAUGCCAGAGGAUGAGCUUAAGGCAGCACCACAUGAUGAGGAAGAGCACCUGCAGGACGAUGGCCUCUCACUGGAUGGUCAAGACACCGAGUUCAUGUGCAAUGAGGAAGACGAUGACUUAGAUGGAGGCCAGCUACCAAGCUACAGAGACUCUCCCCUCAGCAACGGCACUAACCCUGAUGCAGGCUACGGCUCUCCACUCAGCGAUUCCAGUGACCGACUUGCAGAUUUCAAGAGCACCUCUUCCCGGGACGGUCAGGAGAGGGAUGGCAAUGCUCUGCGACCCAACGGCAACAACGGCCUUUCCAUCCAGGACAGUCUGGCAAAGAUGAAAGCCGUCUAUGCAAACCUUAUUUCAGAUGCCUCUUGGUCUAGCAUCACAUUGGACAUCAUGAAAUCCAAAUCCGCUGCUGCUGGUAGUGUCAACAGUGCCCUUACCGCUACUGCAACUGCCCCUGUGUCCCCGACUUCUCCUGCAAACAAGAGCAGUGGCACCAGUGUAGUUAGCAGUCAACAUAAUGGUAAAAGUUCGGGCUCUGUCAACCACAGUAGUAACUCCACUUGCACCACCAACGGCAUAGCAGUGAGCACAGCUAGCACCCACAGUGCCACUAGCAGCAGUGGGAGCAGCAGUGGGGCAGCAAGUAAUGGUAGUGGCGUAGCUUAUGACUGGCACCAAGCAGCACUAGCCAAAACUCUUCAGCAGACACCUUACCACCUUUUACCAGAGCCUAGCCUUUUCAGCACCGUGCAGCUCUAUCGGCAAAACAACAAGCUCUAUGGCUCUGUCUUUACUGGGGCAAGCAAGUUCCGCUGCAAAGACUGUAGUGCAGCUUAUGACACAUUAGUAGGUCUAACAGUCCACAUGAAUGAAACUGGCCACUAUCGCGAUGAUAAUAAGGACAAAGAGGAGGAGCAGGGCAAGCGCUGGUCCAAACCACGCAAGCGUUCCCUUAUGGAGAUGGAGGGGAAGGAGGAUGCCCAAAAGGUACUUAAGUGCAUGUACUGUGGCCACUCAUUUGAGUCUCUGCAAGACCUCAGUGUCCAUAUGAUCAAGACCAAGCAUUACCAAAAAGUGCCUCUUAAAGAGCCAGUGCCAGCAUUGGCUACUAAACUGGUGCCCACUUCUGCUAAAAAGCGAGCUAUACAAGACCCAAUAGUGUCCCCCUGCUCCCCAGACUCUGUCCAUGCUGUUAGUGGUGGCGGGAGCAUAUCUCUUAGCGAUGCUGGGAAAGACUCAAAAUCUGCAGCCAACCCUUAUGUCACACCAAACAACCGUUAUGGUUACCAAAACGGUGCCAGCUACACAUGGCAGUUCGAGGCUCGUAAGGCCCAAAUACUCAAAUGUAUGGAGUGUGGGAGCUCCCAUGAUACACUCCAACAGCUAACUGCACACAUGAUGGUGACAGGACACUUUUUGAAGGUCACAAAUUCUGCUUCCAAAAAGGGCAAACAGCUUGUCUUUGACCCUGUAGUGGAGGAAAAGAUUCAGUCCAUUCCUCUGCCACCCACCACCACCAGGCUCCCUGUUCCCUGUGGCAUAAAAUCCCAGCCAGUGUCCCCUGCCCUGUCGUCUGCCUCUGAGGAGAAAAGAGAAGGGCCAGAGGAGGAGAAGGUUGAUGGGGACAUAGUAGAGAAAAAGAUAAAGGAAGAGAAAGAGGAUUCAGGAGAGAAAUCUGAAUCUGAUACAACCUCUUAUAAGUAUCUCAGAGAGGAGGACUUGGAGGAGACACCUAAAGGAGGUUUAGAUAUACUUAAGUCCCUUGAGAACACAGUAUCUAGUGCCAUUAGCAAAGCUCAGACAGGCACGCCCACAUGGGGAGGCUAUCCCAGCAUUCAUGCGGCUUAUCAGUUGCAGGGCGCAAUGAAAAGUUCCACUACUGUUCUGCCCCCCACCAUCCAAAGUGUACAAAUGCAGCCAAUGUUUAACAGUAGUCUGCGAGGCCUAGUAAAUGAUCCCAACUCAGUCAUCCAUUCACCUAGAAGCCCCUCUUCCCCUACCCCACUCAGGAGCAAUGUCACUGCCAUGGAAGAGCUGGUAGAGAAGGUGACAGGGAAAGCUGCCACUGUGAAGAAAGAGAAAGAGGAGAAAAUGGUCAGCUUAGAGCGCUGCCGGCCUCCAUCAUUAGUAAAAUCUCCUUCUCCGGCAAUGAGAGAGCAAAGAGAGCAGUUACCAUCUCCAAAUGACCUUUCAGUUGGUAAGCCAUCUGGUGUGAGAAGUAGCAGCCCAGGCAGUGUAGAUUCAGAGCUCAUUUGCAAGAAGGAGCCCAAAGAGAGCCUUGUUGAUAGUCACAGCAACCAUUCAAAGAAUGGCUCAGAGACAUGCCAGUCCCCAGUUACUAAUGGCAACAGUCUUGGGAUUAUCACUGACCACUCACCAGAAAGCCCUUUUGUUAACCCUCUAAGUGCACUCCAGUCAAUCAUGAACACACAUCUGGGUAAGGCCUCCAAACCUGUGAGUCCCGCUGCAGACCCACUCUCUAUGCUUUACAAAAUCAGCAACAGCAUGAUAGAUAAGCCAGCGUUCAACCCCAGCUCUCAGGGCAAGUCAACAGAGCCCAUUAGCCACUAUCAGCUCUAUGAAAGCAGUGACCAGCCAAUUGAUCUGAGUAAGAAUAAGUCCACUAACACUAGCAACAGCAACAACAACAAUAACAGCUGUGUGCUGCAGACAAACAAUAGUGUGAAUGGUAACAAACCAAUCAUGUCUCUGUCUGAAUCGGUGUCCUCUCCUCUGAGAGAGAAUGCCCUGAUGGACAUUUCAGAUAUGGUAAAAAACCUCACAGGGAGGUUAACUCCCAAAUCCUCCACCCCCUCCUCCAUCUCGGAGAAAUCAGAUGCUGAGGGCAGUGCAUUUGAGGAUGCCAUGGAGGACCUGUCUCCUGUCCAGAAGAGGAAAGGAAGACAGUCCAACUGGAACCCACAGCACCUGCUCAUUCUGCAGGCUCAGUUUGCCUCUAGCCUCAGAGAGACCCCCGAGGGCCGAUAUGCAAUGACUGACCUGGGCCCUCAGGAAAGGGUCCACAUCUGUAAGUUCACAGGGCUCUCUAUGACCACCAUCUCCCACUGGCUAGCUAAUGUCAAGUAUCAGCUGAGGCGGACUGGAGGCACCAAGUUUCUGAAGAACAUGGACUCAUGCCAGCCUGUAUUCCUCUGUGGGGACUGUGCCUCUCAAUUCAGGACUCCUGCCUCCUACAUUAGCCACCUGGAGUCUCACCUGGGCUUCAGUCUGAAGGACCUGUCCAAACUGUCAUCUGAGCACCUUCGGGAGCAGCAGGCUGCCUCUAAGGUGAUCACAGAUAAACUGACAUUCAGCACCCCUCUCUCCCUGACCACUGUGGAGGACGAGGCCGGCUCCGUGUACCAGUGCAGACUUUGCAAUCGGACAUUUGUCAGCAAACAUGCCGUCAAACUCCACCUCAGCAAGACCCAUGGUAAAUCUCCGGAAGACCACUUGGUCUUUGUCUCUGCUUUGGAGAAACUGGAAAAGCUGGACAAAAUAGAGAAGGUGCAGGUGUGAAGCUGAGGCUUAGAUUAGUUUAGUCAGCUGUUGAACUGAAUUUCAUUGCACUAAAACGACAUUUCAAUUUCUGCACUGGGCCGAACUGAGCCACUAGAAAAAAUCUGUCUUACAAUUUUUUGUUGUGAUAACUGCCUGACUGGACCAUGUCUUUUCAUGUUGAUUUGUUUUUGUUUUGUUUUGCCAAGCUUUUUUAAACUUAUUUUGUAAUAUAUUUAUAUGAUAUUUGUCGGAUCUGUGCAUGUGCUUAAGUGAAUCAAGGUAAAACACAAGAUUUUUUUUUUUCAUUGCUAAAAUACAACUACUGUUUCAAUGGUAUCAAAAUCAAGUGGUGAAUAAAAGAGGCCAAGAGAGGAGAAUUGUAUAAUACUUGAUAUACUAUAAGAAGGUUAAAUAAAUGUAUACACCAAAAGAACGAGAGACUGAAGUAGCACCUUAGACAGACAACAUUCAAUUUGUAAUAUGUCUUCAAAUGUGCAUUUUCCGAACCAGACAGUUUUAAAAAAUAUUCUUUUCUUGUUUUUAAGGUCUUGAUUUUCAUGAUGAAUGGCCUGCUAAUAGAUCUGCCAGUGUAACAGACAAAACACCAUGUAAGCAUUUGGAGUAAAAGAAUACUUAAGUACUGGUUGAAUCAAAGUGAAUGGCCAUCAGUUUGCAGGUUUGGUCAGAAACGUUUUCUUGUUGUGAACUCAUCUUAUAACAAUUUUCCAGUUGUAUGGUUUGUUAAAACCUUCUCUGAUUUGUGUGGCUCUAUUCAAAUGUAAAGAGGAGUCUGUUACAUGUAAAUGACCCCAGUGAAGCGUCAGUACUCAUUGGACAUAUCUUACCGUUUGAAACAGAUCAACAUUCUUUGUAUCUUAAGGUGUGUGCAUUCUCUAACUUUUAUAUUGUCAUUUUGUAUAAAACACUGAUAAAACAUAAAAACAGAUGAUGUACAUAGAUAUAUGCUGUAGAGUUACAAAAUGUCAUUUUUUAAAGAAAAUACAAAUUUAACUUUGGCUUGGUUUACAGAAAUAAUUUUAAUUAUACUUGCAUCCAACUUGAUGCAUGAUAUGGUGUGGAACAAUAAAUAAGCGAUGCACAAUGACUAUACAUUUCAAUGUUUUAUCAACAAUGUUGUAAAAACAUAAAAAACUUUUUAGAAACAAUUAGUUUGUUUCAGUUCUUUCUCAAUUGUAAAAUAAACCCCAAAGCAGUUGUUAACUGUU